CUCGGUCCUCUUUUUGCUCGGAAGCGCCUCAGACCCAUUGCACCAUGGCAGAUCCCGAUCUUGACUUCACGACUGGUGAGUCUGGCGCCUCCGCCACGUACCCCAUGCAGUGCUCCGCCCUGCGCAAGAACGGCUACGUGGUGCUGAAGGGACGUCCCUGCAAAAUUGUGGAGAUGUCCACCUCCAAGACCGGCAAGCACGGACAUGCUAAGGUGAACCUGGUUGGUAUCGACAUCUUCACCAACAAGAAGUAUGAAGAUAUGUGCCCCUCCACCCACAACAUGGAUGUUCCUGCCAUCAAGAGGACAGAUUAUCAGCUGGUUAACAUCAAUGAGAACUACAUGUCCUUGAUGAGUGACAACGGGGACAUCAGAGAGGACCUGCGUGUUCCUGAGAGUGAAAUCGGAAAGGAAAUUGAGUCGAAGUUUGAAGCCAAUGAGGAAUUCAUGGUCACCGUGAUUUCUGCCAUGGGGGAGGAAUGUGCUGUCGCCACCAAGGUCUUGGCCAACAAAUAAAGGAGAUGGACUUUGCUGCCCAGGCAACAAGCCCCGCCCACAAACCAGUCUCUUUACAUUCUCAUUGGUUCAGUCACCAAAGCGUCGGCCUUCAGACAACAUCCAAUCAUUCUGUUGUGAUCUCUGUCCUGGAUGAUGUUUUUAUUUCUCCCUCCUCUCUCCUCCCCCCUCCUCUCUCUCAUCUCUUUUCUGUUGCUGUUGGGAAUGUUCCACCUCUGCCUGAUCUCUGAGUUUUUGUUUAAAACAAUCGACUUUAUAUAAAAACGACUUCAAAAAUACCUGCUCAUUCCUGCUCACCUUUCUUUCAGUUCCUCACAGUGUUGCCACUCACAUUCCUGAAUGUUUCACAGCAGUCGUUCAGCUUUUGUAUGAUUAUUUUUUAUAUUUAGAUAGCAGCCUGUUGGGGGGAGGGGGUCCGGGGGGUUUAGAGGGAGGGGUUUGCCCCCCGUAGAUUCUGGUUCUGGUUUAGGUGGUCCCUCUUUGCAGCCAUACAGCUUCCCAGCAUGGCCUUUUCUCCGGUUCCUGGUCCGGUUCUCCUAAAUCACUUGGUGGAGGGGGGGGGGGCGAGCACUUAAAGCACCCGAGCCCCCCCAAUCAUGAAAAGUUGAGAAGAGAAACGCUUCUUUUUUUGUUUUCUCCUCUCCUCCCUACAAGAAGAGAAACCCAGCGGUCCUCUGACGGCUUGUCGUCUGUAAAAGUUUAAGGGGCGGGGUGGUCCGGUGGCCCCCCCGGCGUCCCCUCCCCCAGAAUACAAAGAGUGUUAUAUUGUUUUUUUUUUUCCGAGGCGUGAGUGUGGAGCGGUGUGGGCCUCCGACAUGUGGGGGGCAGUUUGCAGUGAGGUGUGUGAUUUUAUUUUCUGAUUGGGAGGGGGGUUCAGUUACAAACUUUCUGUUCACUCGAGGCCUUUGUCACCUGACUGGAGAAGGCAAAAAUAAAACAAGAAUAYAAAUGGAGAAAAACUGCAAAA